AUGGAUCCCGGAAAGCAACUGCAUGUCGCUGUGGUAGGCGUCGGAGGCGUCGGGACCCAAGUCGUCGAACAGCUGAUCGCAAAUCCGAACUAUGGCUUCCAUCUUGUAGCGCUCACCUCCUCCAAGCGCAUGCUCAAGUCUACAAAAGAUGCCUGCAUCAACCCCGUAGCAUGGAGGGAUGCGCUCGAUUCCAGCGAAACGCCCGUCGACCUCUCCGUGGUGAAAAGCACGUUGCAGGAGCUCGUGAAGCAGGGCGAGAAGACUUUGUUCAUCGAUAAUACAUCCUCGCAGGACGUUGCGGAGUUGUAUCCUGCGUUGUUGAGUGCGGGGAUCAACGUGGUUACACCGAAUAAGAAGGCGUUUUCGGGUGAAGUGGUGUUGUAUCAGGGUAUUGUCCAGGCGAGCAGGAGCGGGAGGUAUUUGCAUGAGUCGACGGUGGGCGCUGGGCUGCCUAUCAUCUCGACGCUGAGGGAUUUGGUAGAGACGGGGGACAAAAUCGUCAAGAUCGAGGGCGUUUUCUCAGGAACCAUGAGUUAUAUCUUCAACAACUAUUCUUCCGUGGAGGGAAGCCACGAGAGUUUUUCCUCGAUAGUUAAAGGAGCCCGAGCACAAGGAUACACGGAACCUAACCCCGCAGACGAUCUGAAUGGCGCAGACGUCGCUCGGAAAUUGACCAUCCUAGCGCGUAUCAUUCCAGAGAUGAAGGAUGAGCAAGGAAAUUUCCCGCUUUUGCAUGGGUACCAAUCGGUGGAGACCACUUCUUUAAUCCAGGCUGCUCCUCCGAGCGCUGUUUCCAAUGGGGACGAGUUUAUGAGGUGGCUUCCCGAGCAAGACGCGCAUUUUGCACAGAUGCGUGAACAGGCUGCGAAUGAGGGCAAUGUCCUCCGCUACGUCGGCGUUGUUGACGUCAAAAACAAAGUCGUAAAGGCUGAAUUGGCGAAAUACCCAAAAACUCAUCCGUUCGCAACCUCGUUGGGAGGAUCUGACAAUAUCAUCAUGUUCCACACGGAACGCUACGGCAAAAGACCCCUCAUUGUCCAAGGCGCUGGCGCUGGCAAUGAUGUAACGGCCAUGGGAGUCGUGAGCGAUGUUCUGAAGUUGAUUAGGCCGUAG